AUGGCAAACACAGACGCAUCGAGCGACGACACUGACGCUGCCUUCCCUGCUUCGUCUGGCGGCGGCGUGUUCCCGUCCCGGCCAGCACAUUACGAAAAUCUGCUGCAGCGCAAGGUCACUAACGAUCCGAAGAUCGCGGAUGUUGAACAAGCAUCUGUCACCGAGGGAGCAGAUUAUGAUGAGAGGGACUUUCACAAGAAACAGGUGUUCAGCGGAUGGACACUAGCUUGGCUGUCAUACCAAUCCCUCGGAGUUAUCUAUGGAGAUAUUGGGACUAGCCCGCUGUAUGUCUACUCGUCCACAUUCAGCAGUGAACCAAGUCGUGAAGAUGUCCUCGGGGCGGUUUCCUUGAUUAUCUGGUCUCUCACCAUUAUGGUCACGGUCAAAUAUGUUUGCAUUGUGUUGAACGCAGACGACGAGGGCGAGGGUGGUACAUUCGCUUUGUACUCGUUGAUCUCGCGCUACGCCAAUCUAGUUCGCCGCGAUCCUCGUCACCACAAUAUGGUUCGCAUGCAGAGAUAUGCUACGGAUGACUUACAAAAGCCGAACUUGGUGACUCGCAAUGUUAUAGAACGGAGCACAUUCAUGAAGUGGAUGUUUAAGGUGGUUGGGGUCUUCGGUGUCUCACUGCUGCUGGCAGAUGGUGUUUUGACACCGGCUCAAUCAAUUCUCGGGGCCAUUCAAGGUAUUACCGUCAUCAAUCCCAAUCUCUCAUCCUCGACAGUGGUUGGCGUUUCCUGCGCCAUCCUCGUUGUCGUGUUCUUGAUCCAACCCUUUGGUACGAGUAAGAUAGCGAUCACCUUCGCACCGGUAGUAAUUGUUUGGCUGUUAUUCAACCUGAGUUUCGGAAUAUACAACCUUGUCAUGUACGAUGCAUCUGUCCUGAAAGGCUUCUCGCCCUACUUUGCCGGAGCUUUCUUGGUGCGAAACGGGCGUGCUGGCUGGCUGCAGCUUGGUGGCAUCCUGCUUGCCUUUACAGGCGUUGAAACCUUGUUCGCGGAUCUCGGUGCUUUUAGCAAGCGAGCUGUGCAGAUUUCCUGGCUCUGUUUCGCCUACCCAUGCCUCUUGAUUUCGGUGUGUGCUCGAGUCCCUGAACUGAACCCUUGCAUGCGAUUGUAUGAUGCUAAUGGUCAUGGCCAGUACAUCGGACAAGGCGCCCAUAUCAGCCGUGUUCCCAGUGCAUAUGCCAAUCCGUUCUACCUCACUGUUCCGCCAGGCAUGCUGUACCCGAGUCUCGUGGUCGCGGUCCUUGCCUGCAUUGUCGCCAGUCAGGCUGUCAUCACCGGGUCAUUCCAGCUUUUGUCGCAAAUCAUGAAGCUUUCUUACUUCCCCCAAGUCAGAGUCUAUCACGUCUCAAAGAUAUUCCAUGGCCAGGUCUACAUCCCUAUCGCCAAUUGGCUCAUGAUGAUUGGCACGAUCAUCGUGACUGCUGUGUAUAACAACACAACCGCCCUGGGAGAAGCAUACGGUGCUUGUGUCAUUCUCGUGUCCUUCCUCACUACGUGCAUGGUCACGGUAGUUGCUCUCAUCGUGUGGAGACUGCCCAUCUACCUUGUUCUGCCGGUCUUCAUCAUCUUCGCCCUGUGGGAUGGCAUGUUCCUCUCUGCCGCUUUGAGCAAAGUCCCGCACGGUGCUUGGUUCACCCUCAUGCUUGGAGUCGUCUUGACACUCAUAUUCGUGCUAUGGCGGUACGGCAAAGAGGAACAAUGGACCGCCGAGGAAUCCGACAAUGUGCCCCUGUCUCGGACGAUGUUCUUGCGCGACAACCAGCUCAUUCUCCACCCAGACCUAGGCGGCUCGACCAUCACCCCCAUCAGCGGGCUCGGUGUCUUCUUCGAUAAAUCUGGCAAUUCCGCCACCACCCCAGCGGUCUUCCUCCAUUUCAUCCAGAAGUUUGGCGCCGCGCCAGAGGUAUCCGUGUUCUUCCACUUACGCCCCUUGUCUGUUCCAACCGUUGCGCCUAGCGAGAGGUACACAGUCAUGCGCUGCCACACAUACGGUAAUGGGCCAGGAAAGCAACCUAUCUCGAACUGCUUCAGGCUUAUUGUUCGCCACGGCUACACGGACGAGGUCAUCACCCCGGACCUGGGAAUCCUAGUGCUGGAUCAGAUCCGGGAAUUUCUGGCGCGAGAGAGCCCGUCCGUCAGCCCGGCAGACGCGCACAAGGAGACCGAUGCACUUCAUCGUGCGUGGAAGUCGCAGGUUAUCUAUAUUGUGGGCAAGGAGCAGCUUCGUAUUGCAAGGGAGACCAAUCUCUUUCGUCGCAUGGUAUUGGUGGCAUUCCUGUGGAUGCGAGACGCGAGCAGGACCAAAAUCCAGCAUCUGAAUGUUCAGGCUGAUCGGGUGGUGGAGGUUGGGUUUGUCAAGGAGAUGUGA